AUGACCCUACCCAAAAAGAGCCUGUUGCCGACCUGGCUGGCCUUUGCUCAUCGUGGACGGGUAUACGCAUCACUCGAUGCCGACUCAGAGCCCAGUACAUUGGAGAUGUCGAACUUCAGCGGAUCAAUCCCCGGACAUAACUCUUCCUCCUCGACAAAGCUCAAUCAGUAUGCUUCGAACAAAGACCUCAACAAAGGAUUGCCGAGGCCACCGAGUCGGAUACACUUUGUCCGUCACUGUCUCAAGUCUCUAUACUAUCAUCGACUAAGAAAGCUGGAGGGAUACCAUUUCGGUGUACUUUGCUGUGCAGUGGUCGCCGCCGUGGUCCUCGUCCUCAAUCUCAUCUUGACGAUAUGGGCAGUCUCAAUAUCUGGGGUCCAGAACGGCCUUGGAACUCUACAUGAUGGAAGCUGUAAAAGGACGGCGACCCUUACAUUUUUGAUGCAUCUCGCUAUCAACGUUCUGAGUACGUUGCUAUUAGGCGCGAGUAACUACAGCAUGCAAUGCCUAUCUUCCCCUACACGCAGCGAGAUCGACAAGGCUCAUGGCCAGGGUGUCUGGCUAGACAUUGGGGUCCCCAGUGUCAGGAACUUGCGAAGGCUUUCGACAAGCCGAAUUGUUCUUUGGUGGUUGCUAGCUAUCUCAUCGGUACCCUUACAUUUACUCUAUAACAGCGCAGUCUUCUCCAGUCUGUGCACCGGUCAGUAUAAUGUUUACGUGGUGUCGAGCGAGUUCUUAGACGGGGCACCGUUCGAUUUCUCGAACCUGCCAAUUGACUUUGAUGAUUUAACGACGGAUCUCACGAUCGCUACGAACACCUUGAAGGACUACCAGAAGAACCAGGCAUUGUUAGUAAAGCUCGAGAAUAAAGCAUGUGUGGAGGUUUAUACAGCCCCGAUAAUCUCCAAGAAUUCAGACUUACUUCUGGUCUCUACCUUCUCAGAUUCCACCAACGCUGUACUCUACGGCGAUUCUGGGCGAAGAAUCGCAAUUGAUCAUCGAUAG